GGCAGUUUGUUCCCAGUGCUCAGAACAACCUUCUUUACAGGAAAAAAAGUGAGACAUAUUUGUUCUCGAGAACGCCAAUCGCAAGAGUUGGAAGAGGAGGAACCGGGAUCAGAUUCUGCUCCUGAACACCGGCUGGGUUUGUUCCUGGUGUGGAGAACAUCCUUCCUUCCUUUACAGGAAAAAAAUAAAAUGUUGGCUGUCUAUUUUGAUUGCCCAGGAGGCCCAGAAAAUCUCUAUGUGAAACACGUGACGAAACCAAACCCAGGAGAAGGAGAAGUGCUUGUGAAGGUCUCUGCCAGUGCUCUGAAUAGGGCUGAUUUACUCCAGAGGAGAGGGAAGUACCUUCCCCCUGAAGGAGCAAGCGAUAUUUUAGGCUUAGAAGCAGCUGGAAAUGUGGCUGAGCUCGGACCUGGCUGCAGGGGCCAGUGGAAGAUUGGUGAUGCAGUGAUGGCUCUGCUUUCCGGAGGUGGCCAGGCAGAAUACGUUACAGUACCCGAAGGCUGUCUCAUGCCAAUUCCCAAAGAUAUGACUUUUACUCAGGCUGCAGCUAUUCCUGAAGCCUGGAUAACAGCCUUUCAGCUGCUGCACUUUGUAGGUAAAGUACGGGAGGGCGAGAAAGUGUUGAUCCACGCUGGAGCUAGUGGAGUUGGUAUAGCAGCCAUUCAUCUAGUAAGACUGGCAAAAGCUAUUCCCAUUGUGACAGCAGGAACUGAAGCAAAACUGAAAGCAACAGAAAAAGCUGGAGCAGCUGUAGGGUUCAACUACAGGAAUGAAAAUUUUAGUGAAAAGGUCUUGGCGUUCACCCAAGGUUCUGGAGUAGAUAUAAUUUUGGAUCCUGUUGGUGGCUCUUACUGGGAGAAGAAUAUCAACUGUCUGAGUACUGAUGGCCGGUGGAUUAUUUAUGGACUACUAGGUGGAGGUGAAGUACAUGGAGAUUUGCUUUCAAGCCUGCUAAGCAAAAGAGCAGCCAUCCACACAAGUCUAUUACGAUCAAGAGACAAGAAGUAUAAGGAACAGCUGGUGAAGGACUUCACAGAAAAGGUGCUGCCGUAUUUUUCCAGAGGAAUGUCUCCUCAUCUCCAACCAGCUGUCCACAGCGUUUACCGUCUGGAUGACAUUGCUGAGGCACACAGGACCAUGGAGAAAAACGAGAAUAUUGGCAAGAUUGUCAUUCAAAUACCUGAUUUAGUUCCAGGGACGCAAUAGUUAGGAGUGCUUGACAAGCAAAGAAAUUGAAUUUCUGCUUCCACAUCGGAAGGUUUUACUGUGGGAAGGUGCCAAAAAGGAGGGGUAAAGCAGUGCCUUACAAAACGCGCUCAUUAAAGAGAUUCAUACUGCA